AUAACCAAUUUGGCUUCAGACCUCGGUUAUCAACAGAAAGUGCUAUUCUGUCGCUUAAGCAUGUCAUCAGAUACUAUACGGAUCGCAAAACCCCUGUGUAUGCGUGUUUUUUGGAUUUAUCCAAAGCUUUUGACCUGGUGUCCUAUGAACUUUUGUGGCAAAAGCUUAAGAGCAUUCAUGUGCCCCAGGAAGUAAUUAAUAUCUUCAAGCAUUGGUACGGACACCAGGUCAAUAGUGUAAGGUGGGCGGGAGCGAUGUCGGAUGAGUACAGGCUGGAGUGUGGAGUGAGACAAGGAGGACUAACAUCUCCCUCUCUCUUCAACCUGUACAUAGAUGCACUUAUUGUCGGGCUCAGCGGUAAACAUAUCGGCUGUCAUGUGGACGGAAUCUGCGUAAAUAACUUGAGCUAUGCAGACGAUAUGGUUCUGCUGAGUGCGUCAGUGUGUGGCAUUCGGUCCCUACUGAAGUCAUGUGAGGAAUACGCCCGUGACCAUGGUUUGAUGUACAAUGCACGUAAAAGUCAAUACAUGGUCUUUGAGGCUGGGUCUAAGCGAGUAUUGGAAGUGCCACCUAUCUACCUUGAUGGUGUUCCUCUGGAUAGAGUGCUACAAUUUAAAUAUCUUGGCCAUAUCAUUACGACCGACCUCAAGGACAAUGCUGACAUCGAGCGUGAGCGGAGGGCUUUAUGUGUUAGAGCUAACAUGAUCGCCCGCAGGUUUGCAAGGUGUUCCCGAGACGUGAAAGUAACGCUUUUCAGAGCGUACUGCACGUCUCUGUAUACGUGCAGCCUGUGGGCGAACUAUACUCAGAAAGCCUACAACACCCUCCGAGUGCAAUUUAAUAAUGCGUUCAGGGCGGUGAUGGGGCUGCCUCGCUAUUGCAGCGCGUCGGGCAUGUUCGCGGAGGCGCGCACGGCGUGCUUCUUCGCGAGCAUGCGCACGCGAGCGGCUGCCCUGGUGCGUAGGGUGCGAGCCAGCCCCAAUGCCGUCCUGGCUAUGAUUGCUGGCAGAGUUGACUGUUUAUAUAUUCGCCAUUGCUGCGACAGGCAUGUUUAGCAUAGCAAUCAAUAAAAGUAGUAGUAUAUAGUGUUAUUUAUUUUGUAAUUAUAUUUAAAUAGUGUAAAUGUGUAAUGAAAUUAUUAUCUAUUGUAUGAGUCCUCGUUACUUGAAAUA